AUGAAGCAUGAAGGCUGCAAUGAGGUGCAUAACAUGACAAACAAGACUCCAGAAUUUGAAUGUUUAAGAAAAGCACAGAAAGAUGAUAAAGUAUGUACAAUCAAAAUCAGAAGUAAUUGUGAACUGCCUGUCAGCUCUUGCAUUCCUGUUGACAACACGGUUCACACAUCUAAAUCGUUAUCUGGCCCUGCUACAUUUUCUAACUGUGGUUUUCCACUUUCAAAAACUGCCUUAUCACAAACAACAUCAUCACAUAGUUAUUUUAAUACGCAAACUGGAACAUCAAUAGUGCAUGUUACCUCUCCUAAUCGAUCUGCAAGUCAAACUUUUAGAGAAAAUUCUAUUUAUAUUGAGCGCCAAUGGGAAAUGUUGAAAGGAAAAAUGAUGCAUUCUAAUAAAAUUGAUCCCAAACAUUUUAUGAGAAAUAACGAUAACUAUGAUGAACAAAAGUAUGACCUUGACUUCAAAUUCAUAGAUGAGUCUUCCACAAAUGAAGUAGAUGAUGCAGAACAUAAGAAUUCAUUGUUCAACAGGAGUACGUCAAAUUUACACUCAGAUUCAAAUACAAACAAACCACUGUGUUUGCGGUCAUCACCAGCAGCAGUUGGAAUAACAAGUAGUGUUUCAUUUGAUGGAUUCUUGCAUAACUCAGUUCACCAGAAAACUAAGCAUGGAAAGUUAAAUGGGCAGCUGGUUCCAAACAGCAUGGACCACUCUCUCAUAACUGAUUGCAAAAAGUCUUCCUGUAGUUCUCAAGGAUUAUUGGGAGUUAGCACUAAAUCAAUAAUAAGUUUUAAAAAUACAUUGUCAUUUUGCAACACGGGCAUUGUAUCCAGCACCAGUAGUCCAGUUAGUUCUGCAAGUUUUUUCUCUGCAGCAACUGGAGCUAAUCGAAUUUCUAAUGAGAAACCUCUUUUUAUCCGAAGUUUUAAAGAAGAAUUUCUUUCUGGUACCAACUUAACUCAACAAUCAUUAUUAUUAGCACAUGAAGGGAACAAAGCAUCUAUUUCAUCUUUGCCCAUCCUGGUAAGCCCAAAAUAUGCUAAUUUGUGUUUUACUGAGGCCAAGAAGUCAACGUUGGCUGCUGAGAACGUUUCAAAUAAAGAAGCAUUGGAAUGUGUGUCUAGAGAAACAGUCUGUACAUCUCUCAUAACUGCACCACUGCAGUCAGCUGAUGUUUACUCCUCCUCCUCAACAACAACAGAAAACAAAAACACAACUGCUCAAGACCAGUCUGAAACACAUGACACAGAAAAUGUAGUGUCAACAUCGUCAUCCCCAUCCUCUAAAGUGGCCGACAGUGUUUUGAAAUCUAUCAAGUACCAGGAAAUGUUAUCACGCAAGACUUUAAAGAAGAAGCAAAAGAAAGAAUUAGUGUUGACUGCAGAGAAAGUACCUGAUUAUAAAGGAGAUGCAUCCCUUGAUGAUAUCAUUAACUUUAUAAACAAUGAAGGUAAAACAGUUAAUAAUCAGGAAAGAGUCAAAGUCACCAAAAAAUCUAAAAAAAAGGUUAAUAAAGAACGUGCAAACCCUAAAUUAUGUGAUCAGAAUAUAACAUCAAGUUCUGAACUUAUUUCACCUUCCAUUAUCACCAUAAGUUCUCAAGCAUCGUUGUGCAAUGUUGUUGACGUUAAAUCUCUCUACCAAACAACAAUAGCAUCAUCUGCAUCACAACAUAAGUCAAUAAAUGUAAUUGAGGUGCUGCCUAAAAUCACUGCUGUUGAAAGUGGUGAAGUGAAUACCCCUGUUAACUCGCUGCAUGCAUGCCAGACAGAUGAAAAUGCAGAGACAAAAAAUAAGAUAGAUAAUAAUAUUAUGAAAUAUAAUCCAAAAAAACUUACUAAAACGUCUUCUUUAGACUGUGACAAAAAUAUAGCCAACACUAUCAAUGAUGAUUACAAUUCAUCUCAUAUAUCAGGGUUAGAUUUAAGCGAAGGUCAUCUCACUGAUGAUAACACAAUGGGUGACAAUUUUUCUGUCGUUUUUAAAAAGAAAAAACGAACAAAGCAUAAAAUGACUCAAGAAGCAUUUAAUAAAUCCUUUAAUAUAUCUGACAUAAAGUGUAAGGAACCCAUAAAGAACAAACGAUCCACAAAUAGUCAUAUCAAAGAGCCAAAAUUAGUCCCAACUGCUGUAACUUUGGCAUCAAGUUUGAAGUCAAAUGAUAUCACAAGGUCAAGAGUCAUGGAAAAGGCAUCAACCAGUAUAACAAGUUCAGCUCCAUUUGAUAAGGCCACUUUGUGUAGCACCACAGAUCAUGAUAUGGAAGAUAGCAAACAAAUUAAAUCACUAGAUGUUAACAAAGAUGUUAAGUUAGGUAAUGAAGGUUUGUCAGAAAUUUCAAACACAAAAAUCAAUCUCCCACUGGCAAACACAACUGCCGAUGCAUCAUUACCUAAUAUUCACGAAAACAACAUGUCAUCUAAUACGGAAGCAACAUCGAGCUGUUCCACCACAUGCAGAGCUGUGUCUGUUAAUGAUUUCGUGACAUCCAGCGUUACAACAUUUGAUGUUGCUGCCGCAGCAACAUCUGACAUGAAGCCAUCAGUCUCCGACAUUAAGAAUAAUUCAUCAGAAACAGAUGGCCAGCUUAAUGUGGUAACAACCUCAAAAGCAAUACUGAAUACAUCAAACUAUUCUUCCAUGUGUAAAUCUUUGAGCAUUCCUGACAAAGUGUCUAAUUCAAUGAACAUCUUUCUUGACACCCGGUUGACAAAUAAGCCUCAAUUGGCUUCUUCACUUGACAUUCAGUUUGGGUUUGAUGAUGGGGUUGACAAAUUAGAUGAUAAAACAUCACGUCAGCAGCCAACAAAUUUAACAAUCUGUGAUAACCAAGCUAUCUCUCUGUGUAGUAUUGUUGAUGUACAAUUUAUCGACAGAACUGAUCUGAAAACUGGAGAUACAGUAUUAGAAAAAAUUAAUGAAUGUGUACAGUUUGUAAAUAAGCAUUCGCCAGAAAACGCUUCAGAUGAAUCACAAAAGUUGAAAAAUUCUAAUUCAGCAAAGGCUGCAAGUUUUGAUAAAGAAAGUUUUGAAAGUACAAAAAGUGAUAAGGCAAAUUGUAAUCCUUCAGUUCCAAAUGAUGAGAUAAGGUUGGGAAAUAAUGAUGAUAACCUUAUUCCAGAUAACAAUGUCGUUUUGCAUCCAAAUGUAAAAGGAUUGGACAGUUUGAGCAGUGAGUUGAGUGUAAAAGGUAGCGUGUCAAACUCUGACGUAUUUGAUAACAUUUCAAAAGUGAAUACUUCGGUUACAUACAAUUCGUCCUAUCAAACAGAUUUUUCUCAUCCCGUUGGAAUUAUAAUUAAUGAUAGUAAUGUAACUAUGACAGUUGCAAAUGAUCUAGCAAACUUAGAUAUGACUCCGACUAUUUCAACCGAUUUACAUUCUAAACAGUUGUCCAACAAGCAAGAAAACUAUCAAAACAACAUAGAUGCACAAAAGUUUACGAAUAAGACCACAUCAAAUUCAAACUUCUUUUGUACGAAUUCUAAAGAAUUUGAAAACAAAAAAGUAAUAUUAAAGGAUCAUCAUAACAGGAGUAAAACACGCGAUUGUAAAACUCGUGAUCGUAAUGUUAAAUUCAAUAAUCUGGAGGCAUACCAUACAUCUGACACAAAACAAGUUUUUCGGAAAGCGUCAUCAACAUUUGAUUUUAGGAGAACACAGAUUUAUUUGAAUGCAGGUAGAUUUUCCUAUUUCUUUUCAUUUUAA